AUGUUUUUAGCACAGAAUGAUGCCCUAUUUAAAAUGCCAUUGCAUCUGACAGGUACCAAAUAUGGGUGUGGGGAAGGAGGCUGCGGAUCCUGUACCGUGAUGGUAUCUCAUAUCCAUCCUGUUUCCAAGAAGAUCCUACAUUAUUCAGCCAAUGCCUGUUUAUUGCCCAUCUGUUCUCUACAUGGAGCAGCAAUCACUACGGUGGAGGGGAUUGGAAGCACAACCAGCAGAUUACACCCAGUACAGGAAAGGAUAGCUAAAGCUCAUGGGUCUCAGUGUGGUUUCUGUAGUCCUGGGAUGGUGAUGUCCAUGUACUCAUUGCUGAGAAAUCAUCCAGAACCAACUAUGGAACAAAUAUAUGAAGCUCUUGGAGGAAAUUUGUGCCGCUGUACAGGAUACAGAGCAAUACUUGAUGGCUGCAAGACCUUUUGCAAGGAGCUGAACUGUUGUCAACUUGAACAGAAUGCUCAACUGGGGCAUGACCGAGAGGAUAAUAUAACUUCAUUACUAUUUACCAAAGAAGAGUUUUUACCAUUGGAUCCAUCACAGGAAUUAAUAUUUCCCCCUGAACUCAUUUUGAUGACACAAAACCAGAGCUUCCAGUCGUUGGUCUUUCAAGGAGAGAAGAUGAAAUGGAUUACAGUUUUUAAUCUGGAAGAACUUCUAGACUUAAAAAUCAAAUAUCCAGAGGCCCCUCUUAUAGUAGGAAAUACCAGCAUAGGACCAGGGAUAAAGUUAAAAGGAAUUUUCCCCCCAGUUUUAAUUUCAAUUGGAAGGAUUCCAGAUCUAAAUACUGUGAAAUACACAAAGGAUGGGCUUUCUAUAGGUGCUGCCUGUUCUCUAUCUAUGUUGAAGGAUACUUUGGAGGAAGCGGUAUCUCAGCUCCCAAAUGAGAAGACUAAGAUUUUUCAUGUUCUUUUACAACAGCUGAAGUCCCUGGCAGGGCAACAGAUCAGAAAUGUGGCUUCAUUAGGUGGACACAUAGUUAGCCGGAACCCAAAUUCUGAUCUAAACCCCAUAUUAGCCUGUGGAAAUGCUACACUCAAUGUCCUGUCAAAAGGACAAACUCGACAGAUCAUUUGCAAUGAUGGCUUCUUCAAAUGUAAGGAAUCUUCAUCCUGUCUCCUGCCAGAAGAGGUUCUUGUGUCUGUGUUCAUUCCAUUUACUCAAAAGUGGGAGGUUGUGUCUGCCUUCAGACAGGCACAGAGAAAGGUUAACUCUGUGGCUAUACUGGUCUCAGGAAUGAGAGUAUUAUUUCAAGAUCAUUCAGACAUCAUUGAAGACAUGAAUAUUUACUUUGGUGGCGCUGGCACAACCACAGUUCAAGCAAAUAAGGCGAGAGAAGCAGUCAUUGGAAGGAAGUGGAAUGAGGAGACUCUUGGUGAAGCAUGUAGAUUCAUUUUGGAUGAGAUUUAUCUUCCACCCUCUGCUCCUGGUGGGAAGGUGGAAUUCAGAAGAACCUUGACCAUCAGUUUUUUUUUCAAAUUCUACCUAGAAGUGUUACAAGCCCUGAAAUCAGAGUGUAGUGUGAAUGGGCACAUUUAUCCUGCAGAUAUAUCUCAGAGAAACUGUGUUAAAAGUUCCAUAGUCCAGAAGGCAACACUAAAGACUAUGCAGAAAUAUCAGGACAUUACAGCUCAUCAGCCCAUUGUGGAUGCUGUUGGACGUCCUAUCAUGCACCAUUCAGCCAUGAAGCAUGUGUCUGGUGAGGCAGUAUAUUGUGAUGACAUGCCACUUAUGGAGGGAGAGUUGUUUUUGGCUUUGGUUACAAGCUCAAGAGCUCAUGCAAAAAUCAUAUCUUUAGAUGUGACAGAAGCACUGAACAUGCCAGGAGUGUGUGACAUCAUUACCGCUAAAGAUGUUCCUGGAACAAAUGAUUUUACUUAUUAUGACUGGUCCGACCAGUUAAUGGCAGACAAUAAGGUGCUAUGUGUCGGGUAUAUUAUCUGCGCUGUUGUGGCUGAUAAACCAGAGCGUGCAAAACAAGCCGCCAAAAAAGUGAAAAUUGUCUAUGAAGAUAUAGAACCAGCGAUUCUCACUAUCAAGGAUGCAAUAAAACAUGAAUCCUUUUUUGAACCGGAUAAGAAACUGCACCAUGGAGAUGUUGAUGAGGCUUUGAAGACCGCAGACCACAUACUUGAAGGAGAGUUAUAUGUCGGAGGACAGGAACAUUUUUACAUGGAGACCCAAAGCAUCCGCGUUAUCCCGAGCAAAGAUGGCCAGGAAAUAGAAAUAUAUGCAGCAACACAGGAUCCAACGUACAUUCAGAAACGUGUAGGAGCAUCCCUUGGCAUACCCUUUAACCGCAUUAAUUGCCAUGUGAAGAGAAUAGGGGGAGCAUUUGGUGGCAAAAUUGUAAAGACAGCUUCUAUAGCAGCAAUUAGUGCCGUGGCAGCUCAAAAAACAAAACAUCCUAUUCGCUGUGUUCUAGAGCGAGAUGAAGACAUGCUAAUAAAGGCUGGCAGACACCCCUAUCUUGGAAUAUACAAAGUGGGUUACAUGAAAGAUGGUAGAAUUGUGGCAGCGGAUAUCAACUUAUACAGUAAUGGCGGAUAUUCUGGGAUAGAAUCUGUGUUUAUAAUGGAGAUUUCUGUGCUGCAAACAGAUGCUUCCUACCACAUUCCUAAUCUGAGAUGCCAAGGAAAAGUUUGCAAAACAAAUCUUCCAUCCAACACAUCAUUUCGAGGUUUUGGAUUUCCUCAGAGUGCACUGAUUACAGAAGUGUGGGUAGAUGAAGUAGCAGCUAAGUGCAAUUUACCUCCUCAUAAGGUCAGAGAAAUCAACAUGUACAGAAACAUUAUUAUGACACCUUAUAAGCAGGAGUUUGAUACAACUAAUCUGAGGAGAUGCUGGGAGGACUGUAAGAAGAGCUCCUCAUACCAUGCCAGGAUGGAAGCAGUAAGACAGUUUAAUAAAGAGAACCACUGGAGGAAGAGAGGCAUAGCGCUCAUCCCUCUGAAAUUUCCUGUCGCCUUUAUUGUGGCUUUCCAAAAUCAAGCGGCUGCACUAGUUCACAUUUAUCAAGAUGGUUCAGUGCUAGUGUCACAUGGAGGUACUGAAAUGGGACAAGGCAUUCAUACCAAAAUUAUUCAGAUUGCCAGUCGAGAGCUGGGCAUACCUAUGUCCGAUAUCCACAUUUGUGAAACAAGCAUUGGCUCUGUACCCAACACCAUUGACACAGCUGCAACAGUUGGAACAGAUGUAAAUGGGAUGGCAGUGAAGAAUGCUUGUGAGAAACUUCGUCAACGACUUGAACCUAUUGUCAGAAAAAAUCCUGAAGGCACUUGGGAGAGUUGGGUGAAAGAUGCUUUUUAUGAAAGAAUAAGCCUUUCAGCCACCGGAUUUUUCAGAGGUUAUGACACCUAUAUGGACUGGGAGAAAGGAGAAGGCCAUCCAUUCCAAUACUGUGUUUAUGGGGCUGCCUGUUCGGAGGUGGAAGUCGAUUGUCUAACAGGAGAUUAUAAAAACAUCAGGGCAGAUAUCAUCAUGGAUACUGGUUGUAGCAUUAAUCCAGCUGUGGAUGUGGGACAGAUUGAAGGUGCUUUUGUCCAAGGAAUGGGGCUUUAUACAACAGAAGAGCUAAAAUACUCUACAGAGGGUGAAUUGCUAGCAAAGGGCACAGGAGAAUACAAAAUCCCAUCUGUUUAUGAUAUUCCAAAGGAGUUCAAUGUAUCUCUACUUCCUUCUUCACAAAACCCCUAUGCUAUUUACUCUUCCAAGGGUAUUGGAGAGUCAGCCCUUUUUUUGGGAUCAGUUGUCUAUUUUGCUAUAAAGGAUGCUGUAUCAUCUGCUCGAAUGGAGAGGGGAUUGUCUAACAUUUUUACAAUGAACAGUCCCGCAACCCCAGAGAAGAUACGUAUGGCAUGUGGAGACAAAUUCACUAAGAUGAUUCAAAAAGAUGACCCUGCAUCUAUCAUUCCAUGGUCCAUUGAUGUGUGACAUAGAUGAUGUACAAUGCUUGAACAGAAAGAUUGUCUCCUAACUGGACAGGAGCCUCAAAUCUAUUCCUGGAAUUGUCUAUGUUCACCAAAAUUAUAGCUUCAGAGAUAACAUUUUAAUGGCUUUUCUAUUAUUUUUUAUAUUGUGUGUGGUACUGAUUAUAUAUCUGACACUUUAAUGGCUUUGCCUGUGUUGCUUAAAAUACUUAAUAUGUUUGAAUCAAGAAAUAUA